AGGACCUCAAGAGGUGGGCGGUGUCGGACGAGGGGCGUGGUCGGAGGGGGCGGGGCCGGCGGCGGUGCAGCUCAUCAGCCGCUGCUCAUUGCCCUCGGGCUCCCCACCGCGCCCUAGUCGCCUGUGCCGGCCCUGCGGUUCCCAGGCUCUGGCGCUCGAGCCCGUGCGCUCCCAGGACAGGCACGGACGCUGCUGGCUCCUCGGGGAGCGGAGGAAUCGCUCACGGACCAGGCUGCUGCAGUCUUACGGCAAGCGGAGGACCAUCCUUGUCGCUCCUCGUCGCGGCUGCGAGAAGAGGACAAGGACAUGCUGGGCGGCGGUAGUGACGCGGGCCUGGCCACCGCCGCCGCGCGGGGGCAGGUGGAGACGGUGCGGCAGCUCCUGGAAGCCGGCGCAGAUCCCAACGCCGUCAACCGCUUCGGGAGGCGCCCAAUUCAGGUCAUGAUGAUGGGCAGCGCCCAGGUGGCAGAGCUGCUGCUGCUCCACGGAGCAGAACCAAACUGCGCCGACCCCACCACUCUCACCAGACCUGUACACGAUGCCGCUCGGGAGGGCUUCCUGGACACGCUGGUGGUGCUGCACAAGGCAGGGGCGCAGCUGGAUGUGUGUGACGCCUGGGGCCGCCUGCCGGUGGACCUGGCUGAAGAGCGGGGCCACCACGAUAUUGCGAGGUAUCUGCAUGCUGCCAGUGGAGACUGAAGCCAGGUUCCUCAGCCUCCUGCAAGGACUUUUUCUCACCCCAGCACCGUGUAGACAGACUGCAAGCAUGAAGGGAGCUGUGUACAGCCUGCAAGACUUCCAAAACUCAAAGCCUAUCCAGGAAGGCAAAGCCAAUCACAAUCAACUUCCUAAGUGCUUUGCUGCAUCUGGAUCUGGUCCCCUGCCCUCACCCUGAAGCCAAAGGGAUCACCAAUUCGAUUUCAUAUUGUGUGAAGUUCCCGGAGCUCGGAGGGGCUCGUUACCCUUCAAGGCGUGGUGUAAAAUAACGGGAAGUUCUUGAAUCUCCACAAUAUGACGUUGUAGUGGGACGUGGGAAUUGCAGACAUUUGGAGGGAGCUGUCAGUACCUCCCCAGGUGAACUCCAAAUGCAAAUGGUUCACAGGCUAGGGGGGAGCCCUGGAGACUAGAUGAAUACCACGGAAGUGCACCUGUGCUGGUGAUGAUUCACCUGCAAAAUGGCAUUCCGUAGAAACUGAGGGCUCGCCCCAGCACCACCAGGAAGAUAGUGUAAGGUGGCAGCGGCUCUCUGUUGAACUCUGUGAACCAUGGCUUGCCGCUCUGGUUCCUGACAGACUCAACCUACACAAAGUCCAGUGGUGAAGCUCGUAUGUAGCAACUUGCUCUAUGUAAAAUAGUUUAAGAACCCCUUUAGGCGUUUCCUACCUUUGAGUUCUUUAGUAACAGUGUAUUUAAUGAGUUACACUUUUAACAGUGUAACUUCUGGUCCUCAGCAGAGGUGAGACUGAAGUGCCACUUGUUAUUGUAUGGUUGUUUUUUGUUUUGUUUUGUUUUGUUUUUCUUCCCUUCUUUCCUUCUUUUUUAAGGCAGCAUUUUCCUCUGUAGCUCAAGCUAACCUCAAGUCAGGGUACCCCUGCUUUAGCCCCCCAAGUACUGGGCUGGUAGCAGGCACCCCUUCUGUAGUACAGCGUCUUAGUCAAACUAUGACACGUGGUAACUCCUAGUGGUGACGCACACUCUGCUUUCGUCCUUGACCUGUUUAUUUCUCUGAUCUUUGCUUCCUAUAUAGUGAGUGUCUCAGGGGGAGCUAUUCUAGGUGCCCUUUUAAAUGACACAUGCACCUGUCCUAUCCAGCUACCGUGGGCUACUUCCUAGAGGUUAGGGAAAAGGUAGAGUAUGAACUUACUGAAAUUAAAUGGCAGCUUGUGGGCUGCCUUGCUUGUUACUGAACAAACUGUGGAAACACUCUGUGCGGCUUCCAUUGUGGCUUUGUUCAUUACAGCAUUGAAAUGAUUGAUUCAUUCUUGUUUUAAUAAAGAAUAAACAGUAUAGAUAGACUCCAA